AUGUUUGGGUUCUGUGUUAAUGGUGCCUGUUCCUUGGGAGAUUUCGAGAAAAUAUGGCGUGAACAUUGUGAAGACGAGCAGACUCUCAGCGAAUAUGCCAUGGCCAUGAAGAACUUGGCUGACAACCACUGGGCGAAUAAAUGUGAGGGUGAGGGGCGCAUUGAGUGGUGCCGCAGUGUUUGUCAGGAGUACUUCCAGGAUGGAGGGAUGAGGCGAGUGUUGGAGAAGGAUGAGAAGAGUGCUAGACACGCCGCAGCUGGGAAUAACGCAUCUGCAAACUCUCUACCACAAUCGUCCUCUUCAAGCUCAGCGUUCCAGCUUGGGAGGAUACGGCUGUUGGAUGUGGGCAGCUGUUUCAAUCCCUUCCUGAAGUUUGACGAGUUUCUGACUGUCGGUAUUGACAUUGUGCCAGCAGUAGAGAGCGUCUACAAAUGCGACUUUCUCAACCUGCAGCUGCAGCAACCUCUGCAGCUGGCCAGCGAUGCUUUGGAUGCCUUCCUGCGGCAGCUGCGCGGCCCCAUCGACGCUUUACCUGCCCAGCUGUUUCACGUGGUAGUGUUCUCCCUGCUUCUCUCCUACUUCCCCUCACCCUACCAGCGCUGGCUCUGCUGCAAGAAAGCACAUGAACUCCUGACCCUGAAUGGCCUGCUCCUCAUCAUCACCCCUGACUCCUCCCACCAGGGCCGGCACACACUUAUGAUGCGCAGCUGGCGAGUUGCAGUGGAGUCUCUGGGCUUCAAGCGCUACAAGUACGUCAAGUUCUCCCACAUGCACCUGAUUGCUUUCCGCAAGGUGUCGCCCACCACCAUCAGCGACCUGGUCAGCCGCAACUACCCGGAGAUGCUUUACAUCCCGCAGGACUUUAACACGUUCGACGAGGACGGAUUCGCAGAUUGCUACGAGCCUCCACGCUCCGAUUUCGAGGACGACCAGUUGGCGUGUAGCUUUGCGGAAUUGCCAGACACCCCGUACGAUUCGGACUCGGGCGAGAGCCAGAGCAGCUCAGCUCCCUUCCACGAGCUGGAAGACCCUAUUUUGCUGCAGAGCUGAACUUGUUUACUGCCCCUCGUGAUAUUUAGUACCCUACCUUCGUGCUGCCAAAAUUGCUGUGCUGCGUUUGUGUACUCGACCCCUUUUUAUGCAGCAAACAGUUUGCACAGAGUGAAUGAGGACGUUUAAGUGGGCGUUGAUAUUUAAGAGUGUGCAAGUCAUCCCUUUGAAGACAUGUACACACUAAACAGUCUUAAUUAAGAAAGUGAGGUUUUGUAACAGAAGCAGUUACGUGAUUUCAGGUCGAGGAAGAUUUUGCUCACCCACUUUGUCUGUUUUCUCAUUUAGAAUUACUGUCAACUGGAUAAACCGUUUCAAACUAGCAUAACUUAUACCUUAGGCGUAGUUAUUGUCGGUGACAAAAGAUCCAAACUUUUGGUUGGAGUUACCAUGCUGUUUUGGACUUUUUCCGCUGAAUUCCAAAAAAGGAGUUCAGCCAAAAAUGAACAUUGUCAUCAUUUACCCAUCCUCAUGUCAUUUCAAACCUGUAUGAAUUCUGCCUUCUCUGAAAUGCAUACAUUUUGAAAAGUGCCUCAGUGUAAUUUUGUCCAUACAAUCAAAGUCAAUGGGGUCCAAAAUAACAUUAUUUUGGACCCCAAUGAUUUUCAUCGUUUCUAAAAGUUACAUUGAAAUUAAAGUUACAAUGAAAGUAAAUGGGGUCCAAACCAAUGUUGUAAGAACAAAAACAGUUAACAUUGAAAUAAAAACAAUUCAUACAGUUUUGGAACAUGGUGGUGAGAAAAUGACGGCAAAAUUUUCAAUUUUUGCGUGAACUAUCCAAUUAAUGGUUUGAUUCUUAGCAAGUUUUCGCUGGACAUUUUAGAUGUCAAUUUCAGCCAUCUGUGCUACCGACUUUUUGGAAUAGCCUUUAUCAAUGAUAUUUGUAGCAUUUUAAGUGUCUGCAGAACUUGUGCGUGUUUGGUUAUGUGACGUUGUAACUGUGAAUGUGGAUUUUUUCUCUUCAACAAGGUACAAAUCAUGCGAAGUAGUCAUAGUUUUUCAGAACAAACAAUCUUGCAGGUGACCAGAUUGGGUGCAUGCGUUGUGGUUUCUAACCUUGCAAUCAAACGGCCUGAAAUAGCUGCGUGUCUGCCUUCGUUUUCGUUUUAAGCACUAAUGUAACCAGUAAUUUCCAAUUACUUGUCAGUAGUAUGUAGUAUGGAACAGGUUAGAGUUCUCUGCGUUUCGCCAUAAUGUGACUUUGAGUAGGAUGAUUUGUUUACUCUCGAAACCUUUGGUUGCUCUAAAUCUACUUCCUGUAUCGUUAUCUGGUGUAUAUCCCAUUAAGUUUCAGUACAUUAUUUUAGUUACUAAAUUACUGAAUAUAACUAUUAUGGUACAAAUGUUUGGAAAGUACUCUGCCAGAUAUUGAUUUCAAGUACUACAAAAAGAUUGUUGCAUAUCACUGUACGUUUUUAGCUCCUAUGUAUGUAACUGCAGAAUUUGCCUUUUUUUUUUAAAUCCACUCCAGGUUCUUAAAAACACAAUUUUGACUGUCCAAGCACAUAUUUGCACGUUUUCAAUAAUACCCUCCUUGUGGGUUGACAAAAUAUUGAUAUUGGCAUCAGCACUUCAUUAGAAUAGCAAUACGUUCAAAAUCAUAAACGGUCAAAAAUUCCCCAUAUCACUGUAACCUGGCAGUUAAAUUGAGUGACUGAUAUUAGGCACUGUUUUCUAUUGAAUUCAUGUAGUUAUCGUUUGGUAAACCUGAUGACAUGAGAAUGUGCUGUGAUGGGUCUUUACUCUUGAAGGAGUGUGUGAGAUGUGCACUGUUGAAGUAUAUAUGUGAGGUUUUGGUGUUAGGCACUUUAAAUGUGUUGUAGGGGUGCCAAAAAGUGUGGAAAGAUUUGAAAUGGUUAUAGAAUUCAGUAUGUGAUCUUUCAGGGUAUCAGAAAAAAUAUCCUCCUCAAGGUGCCUUCAAACCCAAAUUGUAUUUUUGCAUUUGUGAUUUUAUAGACUGGAUUCAAGAACAGGCUACUGAUUGUCAUUAGGAAGUAAUAUUUUCUCUCCCACAAUAAACAUACAUACUUUCAGCAAAUUAACCAGCUCUUGGAAAAAAUGUACUAAAAUACUGCCCUAUUAGCAAUAGUAUUUAAAGGCAUUCUUUAGUCUGUAUUCGAUUUAUAAAUCUGACAACAAAGAUGUUUUAAGACCAUUUAAAAAA